ACUACCGCGCGGCGAAGCCUACGAAUGCCCGGCCUCUCGCUUUUCCUUCCUUCGUCCGUCUGUCCCUCCCUCCCUGUGACGCAAUCAGCUCGGGAGAGGCGGGGCUUCGUCGGUCAGCUGAUCGCGGACGAGGGUUUUGGUGUGGAUGGUCCGCGCCGCUGAGAGGGGAGAGAGUCGAAGGAGGUGGAGGAGGAGCCAGUCGCCGCCGCCGCCGCGAUGCCCUCGGAAAAGAGCUUCAAGCAGCGACGCACUUUCGGUGGGGGAAGGGCCUGUGCGUUAGCCCCUCGGGGGGGGGGGCAAGAGGGGGCUGUUACUGAGUCGGGGGGGGCGUUGGGGAGAAACGCACCACAUCAAGUGGGGUGGCCAAGGGAACACCUGCGAGGUGGACUUGAGUGGGGGGGGGAGCUUGGUGACUGGAGGGGGGAUACUCAGAAGUAGGGAACGGUGAAGAGCUGGGGACAUGGUCCAUGAACGUGGCGGCGGGCGCUAUGUGUGCUAUAUGUGUGGCGGUGGGGAGAGGGUGAGUGAGUCUCGCUGGGGCAAGGGAAGAAGAGCUGAGGAAAAGGCAAAACACCCCCUCCCUUUUUUGGGGGUGGGGUGGGAAAUGAGGCUUCUCCCCUUAUUCCUUCACGGAGGUCCUUGAGAAGGUGCUUGGCCUAUAAUCGCACUCUCCGUCGGCCAUGGGGGGCGGGUUUAUGGGUUGGUGGCACAGUCGUAUCCUCCCCCUUUAAUAUAGUAAGCCCCUUUCUCCCCAUCUCCUAGAUCUGGAUCUUGGGCAGAGUGAUUCACCACGCACCAUGACUGUUAUUCCCCCCCCCCCCAAUUGGGAGUGUAAGGAGGACCCCCUUGCAUUACUCCCCCCCCCCUUUGAAACCCCUUAAGGAUUGAAGGCUAGCCCUGAGGAUGACUGUUGGUGGUUGGAGGCCGGGGUUGGAGGGGCCUGAGGUGUUGUGUUUGAGGCGAAUGCAGGGCCUGUUGACGGCUCUGCCGGCUUCCGUGGAGCUCAAGAGCCAGAGGAGUAAACAGCCCCCCCCCCCCGGUGCCAGCCUCUUUCCCUGCCUGGCAUCGUGCCUGCUCUGCACUCUGCUGUAGCACCCCUUUCCCCUCACCCCCAGCACUUAGAGGGUGGUGGGGCCUACCCUUUGUUGAUCAGUUGUCAAAACACUGGAGAUGGUGCUGUUUAUCUUGAGUAUAUUGUAUUUUGAAUGUGAGAAGGCCAGAUUACCGUAUAUGCUGGAUGCUGUAGUGUAGAACUUCUUGUCUGGAUGCUGCAUGUGUUUGUAGUUUCAUUCCCAGGCUUUAUCCCUUAGCAAUGUGAAAGUAUUCAGUACUUAUGACGGAUCCCCUUCCCUAUUCUUUCCUGGGUAUUGCCUGCACAACUUUAAGCAGUUCAACUGUUUGGAUUCCAUGGAUUUGUUUGUCUCCGAUCUGCUGUGUCAGUUUGUUGUUAUGUGAGGAAGCAGAGGGUAAUGUUGAAUCAUUGGGCUGCAAUUUUCCUAAUACUGUUGAUGACCAAAACAGAGGGUGACCUCCAGACUGAAGCAGGAAGUUUUGGGAACAACGUUGGGCAAUUACCUCCACCUCUCAGGAGUUAGUGACAGAUUAAAUAACAAAUAUUGGCUGUAGCAAAGGCUUGUGAAUUAGCUAGCCUUCCAGCCAAGUCCACCAAGUUUCAGCUUCGUAAUAUGAUCCAAAAAUCCUGAUGUAACAAGCCCUAGUUAGGUUCUACUGUAAAUGUCCCUUAGUUAUUACUAUCACUUAAAAAAGAAAUACAGGAAGACUCAGGCUGUUGCUUUUGUUGUUACUGUUUUUGUUCUGCUUAAACUGGUUUUCCUGCUUGCAUGUUGGAGUGGAAAAAGAAUUGAGGCUUUGUUUUGCUGCUGUGCCGCUGAAAACGAAAGUAAAGGUCGUUCUAGCUGUUUGUUUUUCUUUGCAAAGGAGUUUUGGACACCAACCGUCCUCUAGGCUGGGGGUGGGGAAACCUAGUGGAAGCUCUUUAGCUUUAAGAAUGCAAUAACUAUAAGAUAUAUUUAAAAUGCUUUGAUGAAAUUAAUAUUUUAUACUUUUAAUUUACAUAGAGCACUUUUCCUCAAGGGGAUAGCCAUGUUUUCUCACUAACUUCUAGUCCUUUUAGCAGUAAAAACAAAGAGUCUUGUAGCGCCUUAAAACUAACAUUUAAUUAUGACAUAAGCUGUGAAGUGGGCUCUAGUCUAGUCUUAUGCGAUAAGACUCUUUGUUGUGUUUGCUCCUUUCCCAUGGCCCUCAGACUGGGUCCUUGGGCUUCCCAAAUGCUCUCAGAUUUAGAACUACUUCAGCCUUAGCAGAUUUGUUGUACUACUCUGUGCCUUUAAACCAACUAAACUCAACUUUUUUCUUUUUCUUCAACUUAACUUGCCUGCUUUAACUUUUCACUAUGAAGGGUUAUGCUUCUUUAUUUUUCAGAUGGCAUUUUCUCUCCUCCCCCCCCCCCCAGUUUGUCUUAAGUUGUCCCCACCCUUCCUGUUAAUAAAGUGUGCUGCAGAAUUUCUACUAGCACACAGGUAUGGUGGGGGGUGGCAUCAGUUAGCAGCUUCAUUUGUGGGGCUACAGUCAAAAGUGGGCAAGUACCCCUUUUUCUCUUGUGCCUCCCCCUUUCCACUGUAGCUUCUUCAUUCCCUGCAUGAAUUUUCAGCAGCGCGAGAGUUGCAUUCCCACCCUGAUCUAGAAAGACUGCCAGUUAACCUUGCUUCUAAUGCUAGCAGCUUGGGUAUACUAAUGUGGGUGUGGUUUAAGCGCCUCUUAUUCUGCUUAUGAUUUAUUUGAUUUAUAUCCUACCCUUCCUACAAACUGCUGCCUCUGUGUGUGCUUCUCUUCCAGGGCAAUGGAACACCAAUAUAACAGGUUGUUCUGUGUAGAUAUUAUAUAUCUGACAACACUGCCUCUUCAAGCAUUUAAGUACAACUUUCUUUUUCUCCCCUGUAGAACAAAGAGUAGAAGAUGUCAGACUUAUUCGAGAGCAGCAUCCUACAAAGAUACCAGUGAGUAGACUUUCAACUCAAUUGUCUGUCAUUUGGUGAGACUUAAAUCAGGGACAUACCCUGGUAGGUAGUGGCAACACGUGCACUUUGGGGACUAGCAGUGAAAUCAUCCAUACUAGAGGCUGCAAAGAUAUUUGCCCUAGUUAAGAUUUUUAUUUUCUCCCUCCAUUUCAUUUUACAUAACAGAUUUCAAUUGUUUGCUGCUCCUAGGUUUUCCUGAUUGUUGUCCUCUUGCCCUGUUUAUGCAUAACUGAAUGGAGAAGAGAAGGGGCUGAAAUUGGGGUGACAGGUGGGGAGGAGGGCACGCUAGCCUUUCACUGCAAACCUGUGCCAGGAACGGAAUUAGUUCUCCCCACAAGGCUGGGGUCUUCUGUAUUGCAGCUCCUUUUCACAGCUCAAUUCAGGUGACUGGGUUUAAGAAUUUCAAUGCUGAGCCUCAUUAAAAAUGCAAGGUAGCAUACAAUAAAAUGAUAGAAAUAAUAAAAUUAUAAACCACUGUAGUACAAAGUAGAAUUGCAUUAAACAAACCCAUAGGUAUCUAGCAAGAAUAUGCCUGUGGCUCACCAUACUGAAAAGUCCUAAAUUAUAAGUCCUAACUUUACCAUUUUCCUCCAGGUAAUCAUUGAAAGGUAUAAAGGAGAAAAGCAACUUCCCAUUCUGGAUAAAACAAAGUUUCUGGUCCCAGAUCAUGUCAACAUGAGUGAGCUGAUCAAGAUUAUCAGGUAUCUAACCUACCUGCUUUACUGAAAGGUCUCUCAUUCAGGACAGUAGCUUGUGCUAUAAAGGGUUUCCCAAGUGAGUUUUUUUUUAAAAAGUCAAGUAACAAUCACAACAAAGGUCCAGAGUGUUUGACCUACUUGUUAGCAAAGAAAAAAAAAACUGGUCUUGCUAAGCCUCCCUCCUUCCUACAGAAAAGCCUGGCAGGGAGUGUGCAUGGUUGGGGUCCAUUGCCUGAAGGUGCCACAACUUCGCUGAGGUUGAGUGGAGAAUGUUUUGUUCAGUGCCACUGCCUGUAGUUGUUCUGUAUGCCUCUAGGAAGUGGUAGGAGCAGGAAAGAGGCUAGGUGGUUUUUUUGGUGGGGGGAGGGAUGCUGUGUUGGUUCUGUUAGAGCCAAGGCUCUUCAGGUCUGCCUUUGCCAUGCAGAUGCCAGUUUUCCACCCAACUUGGAAGGUGGCAGAGAUCUUCAGCAGACAAUUCCUGCCCACCUCUGCAACUUCAAAGUUAGGAUGGUUGCUUGAUACGGAGCGGUGCCACACUCUGCAUGGCAAGCAUAUUUGCCGAUGCUUGAUCGUAACAGGAAUUAUGCUGACACAGCUUUCCGUCUCUAUUGGUAACUCUUCACAGAAAGGGAACUUGAUUAUAUGGCCUCUUUAUAAUUCUGGAGUGUGAUGCCGGGUACUGAGUAAACUCCUUGCUGUAGCUGGCACUGAUGUGCUCUGUGGUCCAUUGAAAUGGUUAAAAUGGGUGGUUAGCAUCUAAAAGCAACAACCUAACAUGCACAUUAUCUCUAGCAGUGUUGUCCUUCCUCUUAGGCAACACAGCAGGCCUUAGUGUCUCACUUGAGGCUUUAUAAGAUCAGUGUAGUUGCAAGUCCCUCCCCUCUGAUGUUGCUUGGGUGAGGAGGCUGCCUUCAGAAGUGCUCUAAUCACACAUGCUUUCUGGUAUUCAUGUGAUUCUUGGAUGUGGCAAAGGAGGAGACUGUUGCUAAACCUGGAAUUUCUAAAGGCAGUUCUUUUUUUGUAUUUUGCUUCUGCAUUUAAAAUUGUUAGCCAUGUUCCAAGGGAAGUGUCCAUUCAGUUUCCUGUCUUCUAGGCGUCGGCUGCAGCUGAAUUCCAAUCAAGCUUUCUUCUUACUGGUGAAUGGACACAGCAUGGUGAGCGUUUCAACGCCAAUUUCGGAGGUGUAUGAAAGUGAAAAGGACGAGGACGGAUUCCUGUACAUGGUGUAUGCCUCUCAGGAAACAUUUGGAAUGAAAUCUGUGUAAACCAUCCCCAGUGGCUUGUAGCCUAGGAUAGUUUUUACCCCUCCCUCCCACAGGAAAAAACAAAGGGAUGUCACCAACCUGCUCACAGUAGUUGUGCUUAGCGGGUGUUCUCACCGUACUGUUUUAUUUGUGAAUAUUGAACAGAUGAGUGCCAGUAUAGACAAGCAGCGCAGCUUUGUAGACCUGCUAUAAAAUUUGCACAGGCACAUUUGCUUUAAGCCUCUGGAAUUUUAAACUAUACUGUAUGUGUGUGUGUGUUAAGUUGCCAAUAAAAGGGAUGUUUGCAUUAAUCAUAGAAAAUGGGCUAGCAUUUAGCAGCAAACUGAAAUACUUGCGUGUGACAUCUCAUAAUGUUAAGUCAUGUUUCAGCUCCUGAAAACUGCUUUUUAAGAAAGGGAACAAAUAGGAGUAAUGGUCUGUUUCUUUUAACCUUUUUUGAUAGAUCAGUGCAUGUGAUGAAAGGGGUGGGCAUUAAUUCAUUGGUACUGUUACUUUAGAAGGCAAAACAUCAGAUUGCUAAUUAUUGUUAUAUACCAAACAUCACAGCUUUAUGCUAGUUUUAGGAAAUAUAUACAUAACUGUUGUCAAAGAAAAGCUUCAGUCUACCCAGAGUUUGGUAUUCUGUUCUACACCUUGUUAAAUUUAUUCUAAUUAAAUCAACCCAAACCCUUGGCAAAGAGGACUUCAUUUUGUCAGUCAGAAAGCAUUGGGAGGUAGCAGGGUUUUGAGGUUAGCCAAUUGCCAAAGUAAUACAGUAAACAUUGGCAAGCCUCACAGCUGUUGAUGUUUCUUUAUAUUUAGCAUAUUAACCUCGCUACCCAAGUUCUUGAUUUUCAUUGGAAUACAUGAAGAACAUUUUUGUAUUUCCUCGUUGGCAGAAAGCCCUUGUUUCCUUUAGCUGCAUUUCAAACUAUCAAAACUCAAAAAGAAUUUCCCUUUGUUUUAGACUGGGCAGUAUCUAAAGUUGCAAAGAAGUUUGAUCACUGCUUCCAGUCAGUUGCAUAGGGAAUUAAAUUUUGCAGUAAACAGGGUAUGUCCUGUGCAAAAGGAAAGUAAUUCAGAUAGUGUCCUGCUUCCCCAUUUGUUAUACAGUGAAAUGUAGUAAGCUAAGACUUAUCCUUGUAUAUUAAUGCAUGUGAAUUUAAUUAUAUGUUAUAGCAAACAAAUUUUUAUUAUGUGGAGAAAAGAGGCUAAAUCUUGACAUGCUGUAAAAUAUCAAUAUGACAUGCAGUUUCUACCUUUGCAUGCAUCUGUUCAAUGCUUGCUUCUAACAAGUUCACUGUGAGCUUUUACUUCACUGUAAAAUUUUAAAGUCUUCUGUUCAGUUACUAUUUCUUCAUAAGACAGCCAUCCUUACAAUGGGCUAAUGGCUGCUCUUGUAUAAAUGUUGAUUUUUCUUUUGUUUUUUAAAGUGCUGAAAUGGAUGAUUCCAUCUCAACUUGAUUAGAAGUUAAGCUUAUAUACAAGUCCAUUUUAAAACGAUCUUAAUGCUGUAUAUGAAGAGCAGUAGACAGAAUUGAACAAAAGCCUUCAGCCUCCUACAACUUUGGCUCAGAUUCCUUUACUGUUGCAGAAUAGAACAUUGUCACAAAAGUAGGAGAUUCUGUGGCCAUACUAAUGACACUUGUGAGGAUGCUUGAGCUAUGAAAAACAACACUGCCUGCGUUCUGAGUGUGGGCAAGAUACUGGAUUCCAAAUGAAACUGAGAAUUAAGUACCUGUAUGAGAACAUGGAAAAGCUCCUGACGGAAGAAACUGAUAUCCCAGGCUGCAGUGUGGCUUUUCUGUACCCUUCAGAGCACCUACCUAAAAUGGACAACUUGCAGAUAAUGCUGUUGGAUAGCUCUGCAGUACCUGUCUACAGCUGCCACAUUUGAGACAAUGCAUGUUUAUGUUAGCCUUUGGUUGAACCUGCUGCGCUUGCAGUAAGUUUUCUUUAGCCUCCCACUGAAAAUGGAAAAAAAAAUAUUAAAAGUGAGGAUGUCUGAAAAGACACUACUAUAGUCUUUAAUUUUUGUUCAGUACAUUAAAUUUACUCAGAUAAAAACAUUCUAAAAAUGUACAAUUUUACCUUUAACAAAGUAUAAUAAAACAUAAAAAUUCAAAUACCAGAAUACUUGACAUUUACAAUUCAAAAUCAAAUUAGGUGGAUAUUAAAUAUUUACAAAACUUUUAAUAUUUAUAUAAAGUUACAUGCACAUUUGUAAUAUAAUGUAAAAGAAAUGGCUCGAAAUGGGCAGAGGUGUUUCCUUCAUUCCUAAUGGAAAGUUAUUUCUGAAAAGAAAGAUGUUAACCUGUGCUGCAAGACAUAGGCUCUUCCUAUGUUUAUAAUAUGUUAGUAUGCAGAAAUAGUUCCAAAGGUAGUUGGAAGAGUAAAAAUUGUUUGAAUAUUUGUUGCUUUCUGAAUUACUAUUUUAAUUCUGCCUUUGGCCAUAUCUAAGUAAAGCAGCUUAAGUGUCUAUUCAGAAGCAAAACAAAAUACCCACCCUUCCCUCCCACCUUAAAAUAAUUAAGUUGGCCUCAGUUUAGGGCUUUUCCCAUAAAAUGGUAUUGUACCCAUUGAAUAACUUGCCUUUUAUCUGGGUGUCUCUAACAGAAUUCUAGGCUGGCAUGAAAAAAAGGGUUUGACAUAAUUAAGAAAGACCCUUCUUUGUUCAGGCAUGGACCCGCAUACUGCUCGAGAAAUUUCCCAUUAAGUCAUGCCGAGUUGAAACCUUAGUUAUUUGCAAAUAGCAAUUCUCCAGCAGUUUGCCAUGCCAGUUUUUAGUACAUAGUUUGUUUCAUACAGACAAGGGCUUUUGAUGGUUCUGUUUUAUGCUCUCUUCAUGACGCAAGUUACAUUCUCUGGUGUAAAGUUUCAGCCAAACUAUGAUCUAUGCAGCUAGUGUCCAUUCCUCUUGCACUUGAGUCUUGCUUCAAAGUCCUCUGCCUGUAUGAAACAUUGGCAGCCACUUUGUGGAUGAAAUAGUAGAGAACAGCUUUAAUAAAAUUAAGUCACUAUGUAGGCUUGCCUUUGUAUGUCUCAGUUUACCUUUAGAAACGAACAAGGCAAUUGGCUCUCCAAAGCUUUCCCCUGGUAAUUCCACUUGUCCACUAGUUAAGUUAAAAAGUUUUGUUUGACAGCCCAACAGCUAGCUGAGACAGCUUUCUUUUUAUAUGAAUGGAAACUAUAUUUCUGAACAUCAUACCGCUCAUGGGGCCAUGUUUCUAGAAACUUUCCAAUUUAAAUGCCUGAUAAAGGCUUUCUGUUGAUCCUGGAAAGUUUGUAUGGUGUUGGGUUAUUUCUGUUUAAGAACUGAUACAUUUGGCUUUUGGCACAUUUUGGGCCAAUGGAAAGGCUCCCAACUUUUAAGAGUAAACAAUAACUGACAGAUUUAGUACAGAGUGGCAUGUUUCUGCUGAUGUCAAUCAGGGUCAUUAAGGCAAAGUAAAUUGCUCUGUCAGUUCUCAUUACCUCUGGUAGUUUUACAAGUUUCCUAAUGGUAUCCACCUCUAUUAGCCGUCUCAGAAGUUCAGUCAUUACACGCAUAAUUAAAUAUUGUGGGCUGGAUCUAACCCUAUAUGUAAUACUGUUUUGGUAAAGCCAAACUGAGGAUAUGAAAGUCUAGCACUUCAUUGCAUAGAAAUAACUGAAGUUGGAUGUAGGGCUGCUACAAACCAUGUGUUUUUACAACUUUGGACUUGGUCUCUAUGAAGCUGAGAAAUGACAGGAAGCUCAUGCUAAGCUUCUCCCAGAGUUGAAUAUGCAAAACCCACUGAAUGCCUACACCCAAGAGAAUACACCAGUUUGUUUUUAAAGGCAACAGGUAAGGAUAAUAGAGCUUAUCUCUGAUGAUAUAGAAAACAAUAGUGGAGUACCUGGUUUUCUGUCAAUCCUACCAUUAUUUCCACAAGAUCCACUGUUUUACUACCUCAUGGAUAUGCAGUGCAGUGAUACAGCCAACCCCACCUCCCUGCACCUUCAACCAUACAAUACUUUCAAGCAGAAAUACUCAUUUGCCACCUCCAUAGUAACAUAUUGUGCACAGCCACUAAAAUGUCCUAUGUGGGGCAGUUUAAACUUCAGCCCUAUCAAUGAAAGAAGAUAGCUACAACCAAUUCAGCAUGAAUACAAAAAGGUAUGCCUCCUUUUGACCAGGUAGGUCUACAAUGUUUCAGUUCUGAGCUUUGCUGGCUUUAGUGGAAAAGAAUUCUAACUAGUUAACAUCAAAGCCAAUACUCUACAUAUUUCAAAUAAAGGAGGCAGACUACAAACCCGAGUUGUGGUUAAGAUAUUACAGCUGUUUCUUACUUUGUGACUUCUAUAUCCUGUAAGCAAGAGCCCUUGUAGAAAGACUUUUGCUACGCAAAGUAAAGCAACAAUUUGCAAACUCUGCUGCAGGAGUCUGUGUUUUAAAACUCUGUUUCAAAGGUAGAGUACUGUUUCCUGUGGCAGAAACUAAUAUAUGGUAAGAUUUGAAAGUUGUAGAGGAAAAGUAUUUUUUUAAAGACCUGUUUGAGCUCAGUCUCUGGCACUAGACCCUUGGAAACGUAAGUUUAAUCCAUGACUGACAAAUAAAUGCCGACAAGCAUAGCAUAACCAUUUCUAGAAUGAACUGAAACGUCUACCUUUGUUCUUUUGGAAGAGAGGGAGGGUUAAGAUUUCUUUAUUAGAAGUUCACAUAGCCUGCUGGUGCCUAUUUCCAACCAUUGGAACGUCUCUCGCACUGAUCUCAGUCUGCUAAAAGUGCAGAUAGAAUUAUACAUUCUUCUGUAGUGCAAUCCUUUAAAAUCCCAGAGUGUAGUGCCUGAUUAGUUUUUGAGAAAAAGUAGACAUGUUUACCUAGCCUCAAAUGUCAGAGUCCAGCAGGCAAAUGGCUACUGUACCGUCAACCUCUAGCUCUCACUCCAGAUUACAACAUAGCUGCCCGGGAGUUCGAGUUUCCAGCACAGAAGAUCAAAGUAUGGCAACAUUCUUCAGCAAAAGUGCAGGAGUUUGUUUACAACAAAAAAGGGUAGUUGGCCAGUUUCACCUCCCAUCUGGAAGGUCCAACAUUUAAGAUCCAUGUUAUAAUUUUGGCAAAUCAGUAAAAAUGGGUUUGAUGAACCCCUAAGCUUCAGUUUCUUCCUAGUGUAGUGAAGUAGAGCACCUUUGGAUUAAAAAAAUAAUGUUAAUAAGCUCAACAAGUGGACUUCUCAGAUUCCAAUUUGAAAUUCUGUAAUUACUCCAUGGGCUUUUGCCAACACAAAAAAAUGAAGUCCAUGGAGUUACUGUCAAUCUGUGGAAUCUAAACUUUCAGCUGGUGGAGCAUAUUUUAACCGAAAUGUACCUGCAUGGAGAAGAGAAAUACAAGUCAGCAAGUGUAAGACUUUUGUGAAGUCUACAUUUCACAAGCAAUGACACAUCACACAGUUGAGCACCAUGCUGUUCAUAGAUAAGGAAUGAACAUAUUAGCAGUAGAUGUGAAAUAAGGCAAGAGCACCAUGGAUACCAGUUUUGAGCGUGAGCAAUCUCAAAGCUUAUUACCACAAGAAACCAACCCCUUAUUACCCCACAAAACUAUCUUGGCUCUGCAUGCUCAUGGCAGAGCAACAUUUUACCACUCCUGUACUUUGGUUCUCUCAGGUUUGCUUCAGAGGGCUACUGCUCAUCCACAAGAGUACAAACUAUUGGCAAAGUGUGAGACCUACAGUGGAUUCCACUUGUACAUGCUCAGACUUGCCAUCACUUUAAAUUACUGACCAUUUUCAGAUUUUCCUUUAUCUACCACCCCCUUUCCCCAAGCAGCCAAACCUGUAUUCUGAGCAAUCUACCAACUGCACUUCUGGCAAGCCAAUAAUGUUCCUAACCUUGUCGAUUGAAAUCCAUUGGUGGCUGCUUGCAGUCUUGAGCUCGGUGACCACUGGCUCCACAAUUGUAACAGGACAGAUUCCCAUUCUUUUUAUGGCCUGUACCACUGUUGUUGCUCAUCAUCCCCUGUGCUUGGUACACCCCUGCUGUACUUGCCAUAAAGCUUUGCAUUGGUGGCACUGCAAACGUAGACUGCCCACUCAUGACAGAGUCUGGUGUUAUGCCACUGUUGUAAGGAGAGUGAACCAUAGGGAACGCCGAGCUGCUGUUGUACUGCUGUGUGUUGAUGUAGCCACUGCUGCACAGUGGAUUGAAGGGCAGAAAUGGGAAAGUAAACACUGACGGUCCGGAAAAGGGGUGCUGGAAGUAAUUAGCAUAACUGACAGUCAUGCCGCUUGAACCACAGUUCCCACUACAGCCACAGGAACUGCACACCAUGCAUCCAGGAGGCUGCUGCUGAUGGUGGUGGUGAUGGUGGUGAUUCUGAUUUGGUACUGGGAUACUUCCUCCUGAGCCACUACUACUGCUGUUGUAGAAAUUGUUCUCGGCAGCUGAUGAAAGUGUGGGGCUGGAGCUGGGAGCAGGACAACUGGGUAGGUUUGCCAUAUUUGCAAAGGAUGUGGAGGGGUGACUGCUAGAAGAGGCAGUGUUGCUAUUUGCACAGAAGCUGCUGCUGGGCAUUGGGGCUACUGGCAUACUGCUCAGGGCAGAAAAGGCCACUUUGGUAUUGGCUGUAUAGAGAGCAGUCCGGGGGUUUAUUAUUGCUGGGGACACACUGAAUUGCAUAUUACUGGAGCAGGAAGACUGCCCCACAAUGGUUGAAUCAGUAGGAACCGAAGAGGAUACCAGGAGUUUUAUGGGGGGUCGUGCCACAUGGAAGACGGUGCUGGAAGUUACAGUGGCUGUGGUGCUUGUUUCCACUAUUAUUCCCGGCUGCUGGGUUGUUUUCACCACUCUGUCUAGAGUGGAAGCAUGUACCAUUUUGGUCCUUGGACCAAAGUUAAUUGAAGGUGUAGAGGAGCCAUUUUCAGAAACUCCAGAGAGCACUUGCAUGGGCUGAUGGGGAGAGGCUGGCAUCCCAUCCACAACAGUACUUCCAAAGCUCUUCUCCAUCUUGAUGCCACUUCGAGGUGUGCCAGGUGAGAAUUUUGUCCUGUCUUCUAAAGACAAAAGCGAGUGCAUAGAUGACGAAAGGAGCUUCAUGUCUGUAUUCCCUCGCUCUGAUUUGUGCAUAGAGUUCAGUAUUCUAAUUGGAGUGAUGUGAGGGGAGCCUGCAGCUAUCAUCUGUACUGGCAAGGUGUGGUGACCGGAUGGACUGGACACGGCAUCAUUCUGCACUGGUAAAACCUGAGCAGUGGGCCUGGCUGAGCUGGAGUUGAAGUGAUUCAAUAACAUUACUGGCUUCUCCUUUUCUGAGGCUUCCAAGUGGACCUCUAAACCUACAAGAUAGACAGAUGUCAGGUACGACCAGUCACCUAAAUGCGUUAGAUGCUGCAACACAACGAGACAGCUUUCCUUACGUCUCUCAUUCUCCUCAGCACUGUCUGAGCUCUCCUCCCGGGUAUGGAUUCCCAUGGGGCUAGAAGAGGAGCUGGAGUAUUCUGAAGAGCUUCCUUCGCGGGGGGUUGAGAGGGUUGGCUGAUCAACAUCGACACGUAACUCUUGUGGGGGCAGGGAAGAGAAGAAGAAAAAUCAAGUAAUGUGAAUGGUACUGUUAAGUCAUCUUUAGACAGACAAAAUCUGUUGCGACUCCCAAGUACAUUUGGCUGAUAGCCAUUGUUAGCCAGGCUCAAAAAUAGAUCCAUGGAAAGUAAUUAACUUGAGUCUAUUAAUUCAAUGGGUCUACCCUUCUAAGUAUGACUAUCCUGAACUACAUUGCUAUCCAGUAUGUUACAAGAAUUAGACAAGCGCCAAUCUUCCCUGUGUAGGAAAUAUACAUAUUCAAACCUCAUAGCCUGUUUACCUGCUGUAUGGUUACCACGAAUGCUUUGGAUAGGACCAAUAUGAGUGGUAGGAGGAACUCUGGCCACCCCAGUGCUCAAGGAAGGAGAUGUAGCUGGAUUGAGGGUCCGUUUCUCAGACUUUUCCCUGGAAUGAAAAGGGAAGUGUGGGAAGCAAUUUAUUAAAAUAAACUUGGAUUUAAAUCUGAAUUGGUUCUCUAAUUUAAAGUAUAUGUGGUAUCCAACUAACUUAGAGUAAGCCCACUAAAGAGGUUCUAUUCUAUUAAUUUCAAUGGGUCUCCCUUGAGUAAAAAUUAGCUGCAUAUAUGCUACUGGUAUUUUUAGAUUUAUCGUUCUAGACACAUGCAUGGGGUAUAAAUGCAAGAAAGUUUUAAUUCAACUAGUGCUGAAUUAACCCAGUUCUACCUCUGGGUUUUCCUUAGGCAAAGUCCACAGCAAGCAUUUUUACUGGAAAAAUUAGGAGGAAAAGAUCCUGAAAUAACAUGGAAGAAGCCAGUUUUCUUUAAUACCUACUUUUCCAACUCCAGCUGGGUCUUGAGCUUCUUCUUUGCACCCAUUGUAAGGGAUUCAAAUUUAUUCAGAUCUUCUUCAGUAAGGCUCAGGAACUUAGAUAGGAAAAAAGGGAAAGUCAAUUUUAUAGUAUGCAUUUAAAAAUGCUGUCUAAUAUGGCAUACUUGACAGAAGCUUCAUUAUGAAACUAAUGAAUAUAGUUAAUUUACAUAUUUUGCUUAGUUUUAAAGCAAAAUAUGUAGAAUAGCUAUAUUCAUUAGUUUCAUGAGGUGUUAUUACAGUAGCUAAGGCUCUAGGGACAAACAAGUGUUUAACAGCAUCCUAGUAUAGAGAUGAGCAACAGAUUUGGGGACACUGUGGCUUCCAUGCAAAAUCAGCUUUUAAAUUUGUUUUGUUAAGCUGUUGCUACUGAUGCAUGCCCUUGAUCAUUUCUGUUAUUUUGUCAAGCUACUCAAGAACUGAGGUUGUCUCAGCAUCCAAUUUUAUGUAAAAUUAUUCAGUAGUUAUUUGUCAACUUGCAGACUAAAGGUACAUGUCAGAUUCAGAACAUCCAACCCAGACUUUAUUUUCAGGCUUAUUAAUAUUGAUAAUUAUUCUAAUAAAAGCAGAGAGAGAUACCACAACAAUACCCCAUUCUGUUAUUAAAUUCAAUUUAUAUUUCAUUAUGUAUCUUUUAUAAAGUGUCUAACAUGUGCUAAGCACUGUACACAGAUUAACGAUAUGAUGUAUUUGAAAACAAAUUGGAGCUUUAGAUUUAAGAGCAAAAAAAUACAGCAAAGAAUCCACUAGAGGGCACUCUGAUAUAUAUUUUUUUAUAAAAAAAAACACCCCAAGAGUAACGUGAUUAGCUUACAACAUAUCUGAACAGAGUUGUGAAUAAAACUGUUAAAAAGAGUGACAUUCAUUUGAGCAAGGCACAGCAACUCCGCUCUUUCUCAGAUCACAUGAGGAAUUUUGCUUUCUAGGAACAAAUACUCAUGCAUCCAGAAAAAAAAAGACAUCAUAGAGGGAUGUUUGAUCUAUGUGCAACAGCUUUUCUUAGAGGGUAAAUACUUGUAGUGUGUCAACAUUUCACAAAGAAACUUCUAAAUAUUAGAUGAAGACUUUUACCAGAAAGCCAAAUCGCUGAAGAAGUCAUAUCAGCAUUUCUAAUCAGUCUUAAGCCUAUCCCAAAAUUUGCAUUCUCUCUCUAUACCACAGAUUAAUACAGCAAAACAAACACCGCAAACUGUUUUCCCCUAGCCAAGCCAGGACUCUACCUUCUCCAUUGAGAGCUGUUUGAAAACAGGGUAGUACUUGUGCAAGCGUAGUUUCCGCAGCCAGUCUAAAAUCCCAUUUUGUUCCUGGGGGGUUUGAGGACUGGGAGUCAAUACUGAUGAAGAGUUCUCCAACUGGGAGCGGCAAGUGAGUGAGGAUGCAGCCCCACCUGUAUGAGUGCAGUGGGGGAGUGCAACAGGUGUAGCGGUCGGAUGCUGCACAUGAUGCUGGAGACUAUUCUGUGAAGACUGGAUACCAGCUACGCCACAGAUAGGUCUGCAAACAUAGAAGGAGAAACUAUUCUAUGCAUCAAACCAAGAACAGGAAUACUGUACAUUCUCGUUUCAUUCUAGAGCAUGUCCCCUUGAUCCAUGAUGCAGUUUGCCAUCUUUCUGAAGAGCCAGCAUAACAAUGAAAAGUCAGAGGGCUGGCGAAUGUAAGGCCACAGUUACUCCAGCUGCUUAGGUUAAGGAAUUACUGAUCUGACAGUGCCAACAGGCAUAACCAAGAAAAGGGAGCAGAAGUGAGGAUUAUGUAGAUGCAGUAAGUGACUAACCAUCCUGCAUAUUUACUUCAACAUGAGCCUCUUGUAUAGAAACGUAGGGAUGAGUUUUAGCUGCUUUUCAUAGGCCAGUUGUAAGUUAGCAUUUAUAUCCUCAUAAGUGUUUUGAGGAAUUUGUUUCCAUGGAAGAAUAUACAUGGGAAAUCUUACAUCAGAACUGUAAAUGAUGUGUUGAUUUUCAAAGGCAACUAAACAUUUUCUAUGUUAAUUCUCUCCACUGAAAUAAAGCACCUGUACAAAGU